UAUACACAGAACACCAUAUUCAGGUUCCUAAUACAAACAAUCAAACAUACACAUGGGCAAUUGUUCUUUCAAAGGAUUCGAUGCAUCUCUCGCCCCGAUCCAUGUCAUGACAAGCUCGGGUCAAGUACUAGAGUUUUUUAGUCCAAAACUCGUCUCAGAAGUCGUCAAGGGCUUUCCAAGACACGGGAUUUUCAAAAAAGACCAAUUACUGUCGCCAUUAGAUCACUGUGAGCAACUCAUCGGUGGUCAGUUCUACUAUCUCUUUCCUUUGGCCCCAGAGGAAAGAAACCUUCCUCCGGCACCAGACGAAAGAGACAGAAGGAAUGAAGAAAAUGCGUUGAUUGAAUCGGAGCCAGUAAGAAUGUCGACGAGUGCGGUGGCGUUGCAACUUGUGACGAAGAAGCUGAGUGAUGGGUCGGGAUUUGAAGUGUUGCCUCCGCCUCGAAAGGGUGUAUGGAAGGUGAAAUUAGUGAUUAAUACGAAACAAUUGGAGGAGAUAUUGUCGGAAGAAGUGAACACUGAGGCGUUGAUUGAGCAAAUGCGGGCGGCGGUGGGCUCCACGAAGGUGGUGCCGCGGUGGAGCAAGGGUUAUUGGGGUGUGAAAUUGAAGCCGAUUCUUUGCAAUGUGUUGAAUAAAACGGUGGUUGAUGACGGUUUUUUAUCACCAAAGUCGGUCACUCCAUUGUUGCAGUAGGCAGUAGGGAGGCUAACAUCGAAUGGAACUUCUUAUUCCAAAUUUUAUGUAAUAUCAGUCAUGCUUUCUUCUCUACUGGUUUUCCUUCAAAGGAACCAUAACAGCCUUAAAGCUUACACGAUCCAAGAUUAUAUUA